AUGGACACCAUGCUAUUCACUGAGACUGCCCACUUCGUGGUGAAUUUUCUUCUGUCCCGGCGGCCCCGGGCCACAAUCCCGCACCGCCUGGACCAAGAGUUGUGUUUCUGUGGCUCCCGGGGUCUGGCCUUGCCGGCGCCCGCCUCCCGCCGCAGCCUGGGUAACUACUGGCCGGGUCCGCAGCGCCGCCGCCCGCGGGGCGCUGCCUGGCGCUGGCCCGCGCGCAACCUGCUGCUGCUGCGGCCGGUGGCCACCAACCUAGCGCAAGAGAAUGGCCACGUGAAAAGCAAUGGAGACUUAUCCCCCAAGGGUGAAGGGGAGUCGCCCCCUGUGAACGGAACAGAUGAGGCGGCCGGGGCCACUGUCGAUGCCAUCGAGCCAGCACCCCCUAGCCAGGGCGCUGAGGGCAAGGGGGAGGUUCCCCCCAAGGAGACCCCCAAGAAGAAGAAGAAAUUCUCUUUCAAGAAGCCUUUCAAAUUGAGCGGCCUGUCCUUCAAGAGAAAUCGGAAGGAGGGUGGGGGUGAUUCUUCUGCUUCCUCACCCACGGAGGAAGAGCAGGAGCAGGGGGAGAUCGGUGCCUGCAGCGACGAGGGCACUGCCCAGGAAGGGAAGGCUGUGGCCACCCCUGAGAGCCAGGAGCCCCAGACCAAGGGGGCAGAGGCUAGUGCUGCCUCCAAGGGAGGAGACACGGAAGAAGAGGCAGGGCCCCAGGCUGCAGAGCCAUCCACUCCCUCAGGGCCGGAGAGUGGCCCUACACCGGCCAACGCUGAGAAUGAGUAGCUGGGUGGGGGCAGGUGGGUGAUCUCUAAGCUGCAAAAACUGUGCUGUCCUUGUGAGGUCACUACCUGGACCUGGUGCCCUGGCUGCCUUCCUGUGCCCGGAAAGGAAGGGGUUGUUGCCCCCUCCCAGCCACGUUCCCUCUCCUCCUCCUCUCCCUCCUGUGGAUUCUCCCAUCAGCCAUCUGGUCUUCCUCUUAAGGCCAGUUGAAGAUGGUCCCUUACAGUUUCCCAAGUUAGGUUAGUGAUGUGAAAUGCUCCUAUCCCUGGCCCUACCUCUUUCUCUGGCCCCACCCUUGCAGAAGGCAAUUGCUGGUUUUCUUCCCCAAUUCUUUUCCAAGUAGGUUUUGUUUACCUGACUGCCCAAAUCCCUGAGCCAGAAGUGGGGUGCUUAUACUCCCAAACCCUGAGUGUCCAGCCUUCCCUCUGUUGAGUUUUUAGUCUCUUGUGCUGUGCCUAGUGGCACCUGGGCUGGGGAGGACACUGCCUCAGUCCAGGUUUUUAUAAAUGUCUUACUCAAGUUCAAACCUCCAGCUUGUGAAUCGACUGUGUCUCUUUUUUGACUUUGUAAGCAAGUAUUAGGCUUUGGGGUGGGGGAGAGGUCUGUAAUGUGAAACAAUUUCUUGUCUCUUUUCUUCUCCCAUUGUUGUAAAUAACUUUUAAUGGCCAAAC